AUGUCGUGGAAUUCCAAGGAUAUUUUUAAUCCCUCAGCAUAUAAUCAGCAAUAUACAGGACCGACAUCUUUUGACUUGCAACAACAAAAUUAUGCCUAUUCUCAAUCGUAUACUCAAUAUUCAAAUGGUAAUUUUAUACCAUCAUCCUAUAAUUUAAAUUCUCAAGUACACAAUAAUGUAUUCUAUCGCCCCGAUGAAUAUCUGUCACCAAAAGGAACGCCAAAUCAAAACAAUUAUGAAUGUGAUGAACCACCUCUAUUAGAAGAAUUAGGAAUUAAUUUCGAUCAUAUAUUUAAAAAAACGAAAUCGGUUUUAAAUCCAUUUACAACACCGGAUUUAUCAAUACUUGACGAUGUUGAUCUUGCUGGUCCACUUGUAUUCUGUCUUGCAUUUGCAUGUAGUCUUUUAUUAUUAGGCAAAAUAAAUUUUGGUUAUGUCUAUGGUAUUGUUGCAUUGGGAACAUUUGGAAUGUAUGGCUUAUUAAAUCUUAUGUCAUCACCAGAUAAACCAUGUUCAGGUUUAUUUGUAACAAGUGUAUUGGGCUAUUGUCUUUUACCUAUGGUUAUUCUAUCAUUUUCAUCGUUUUUAUUUAAAUUUAAUGGUUUUAUUAAUAUGGUACUUGCUAUUGUUUUUAUUAUUUGGUGUUCGAUAUCAGCAUCAAAACUUUUUGCUACAUCGUUAUCAAUGAUAGGACAACAAUUACUUGUUGCCUAUCCGUGUGCUUUAUUUUACUGUGUUUUUGCGUUGUUAACAAUGUUUUAA